AACUGCAGAGGAAGACGCGGAUCGGAGCGGAAGAAGAACACUGGCCCGCGUCUUACUGGUGGGGUGUAUCAAAGGGUUGCAUAACAUCAAAAACUUACUUUUCCCAAGCUUUGUGUUUUCUUCAGAGGCACGCAGCACCCCGAAUACCUCUAACUACACGGUGGCCGUGAUAUUUUGGAUUUGUGACGUCGUUUGAUCAGCUUUUGACGGGUCAUUAUGGCUGACGACUUUGAUGUUGAGGCCAUGCUGGAAGCUCCAUAUAGAAAGGAAAAAAAAGAGAUCCAAGCUAGAUCAUCUAAUCUAUUUGGUUGCUACAAGGACGAGAACAAGUCCUCUCAUGCAAAUGGACAUGAUGAUCACAACAAGAAGAAGAGGAAAAGUCGCAGCAGAAGUCGGAGCCCAGGCUCAAGGAAGAAGAAAAGUAGAAGCCGAAGCAAAGACAGAAAAAAGAGUAAGAAGAGAAGCCGAAGUCGAGAAAGAAAGCAAAGUCGCAGCAAGGAGCAUCAUCGCAGCCGAUCCCGGAGCAAGGAUCGUACUGGACGUUACAAAGCACGGAAGAGCCCGGUGCGGAAACGGACCAAAAGUCGAAGCCCUCCUAAAAAAGAGAGAAGUCCUGUCAGGCAACCCAUUGACAAUUUAACACCCGAGGAGAGAGAUGCUCGCACCGUCUUCUGCAUGCAGCUGGCUGCGAGAAUCAGAGCUCGAGACCUGGAAGAUUUUUUCUCCGCUGUCGGCAAAGUAAGAGAUGUGAGAAUAAUCUCUGACAGAAACUCCCGGAGAUCCAAGGGCAUUGCAUACAUAGAAUUUGUGGAGACGUCGUCUGUACCGCUGGCAAUCGGGCUGACGGGUCAGAGGCUGUUGGGAGUUCCCAUCAUUGUCCAGGCAUCUCAGGCAGAGAAAAACAGAGCUGCAGCUGCGGCCAACAAUCUGCAGAAGGGCAGUGCAGGUCCAAUGCGACUGUACGUUGGAUCACUGCACUUUAACAUCACUGAAGAAAUGCUGCGAGGAAUCUUUGAGCCUUUUGGAAAGAUUGAAGGAAUCCAGCUCAUGAUGGACAGCGAAACAGGAAGAUCCAAAGGCUAUGGCUUCAUAUCGUUUGCAGAUGCUGAAUGUGCAAAAAAGGCUCUGGAGCAGCUGAAUGGCUUUGAGCUGGCUGGCCGUCCCAUGAAGGUGGGGCACGUUACAGAGCGCUCCGACUCCUCAACAGCUAGCUCGUUCCUGGAUAACGAUGAACUAGAGAGGACUGGAAUCGACCUCGGCACAACAGGCCGUUUACAGCUGAUGGCUCGACUAGCAGAAGGAACUGGCUUGAAGAUACCCCCUGCAGCCCAGCAGGCUCUCCAGAUGACCGGGUCCAUACCCUUUGGGAACAUGGCUGCUCCAGCAAUUCCAACUCCGGCUCCAAGUCAAGCCUUGAACCUCCCAUCACAGCCACUGGCCACUCACUGCCUUCAGUUGUCCAACUUGUUUGACCCACAAGCUGAGAAUGAUCCUGCCUGGGCCUCAGAAAUUCAAGAUGAUGUAAUUGAGGAGUGCAACAAGCAUGGAGGAGUUGUUCACAUCUAUGUUGACAAGAACUCACCCCAGGGCAAUGUAUAUGUCAAGUGUCCCUCAAUACCUGCAGCAAUGGCAACAGUAAACGCACUUCACGGACGUUGGUUUGCACGCAAGAUGAUAACCGCUGCCUAUGUUCCUUUACCAACCUACCACAACCUUUUCCCAGACUCUGUAACGGCAAAACAGCUUCUAAUGCCUUCUCGUCGAUAGUUUGACACCUUCAGUUUGUGUAAAUACAUUUGUACGAAGUCAUGGAAAUGUCAUUGAAGCAAAUGCUUCAAGCUAGAUGGCUUUGUGUAAUAAAUUGGCAUCAUAUUCACCAUAAAUGUUUAUUUUCCCUUUUUUUUCUUAGCUGUUUUUGCUUUUUGUAUUGUAAGUUUCCACCUAUAAAUAAUCUGCAGGCAUCUAUUGGUCUGUGUUUUUAAAUAUUAGCCUGCUUGUUUAAAACAGUUUCAUACAUUGCAACUAGUUCAAUGUUUUGGGUUUAUAGGCUUAAAAUGCCAAAAAUAGUGUAUAAAUGUCAACACUUGGUUGUAAUUUUAUACUUUUUUUUUCUUUCUAGACUGCUCCCUGUCGGUUUUGUUUGACCACAUUAGGGGAAGCGUCAGUCCAGGUUCAAUUUGAAAUGCUUCUGUGAUUAAAGUCUUUACAGCAUUUGAUCCACUCA